GCGCGGGGCGGCCUGGGAGAGUCGGAAGCGCGGCGAGGCGGCAGCGGCGGGCCCAUGCAGGACGCGGAGAACGUGGCGGCGCCCGAGGCGGCCGAGGAGCGGGCCGAGCCCGGACAGCAGCAGCCGGCCGCCGAGCCGCCGGGGGAGGAGCCGGCGCGGCCCGAGGGGCCCGGCGCGCAGGAGGCGGCGGACGGCGAGGACGAGGAGGCGGAGGCCGGGCCAGGCCCUGAAGUGCCCGCCGAGCCCGCGGCCGACGGGGAGGAGGCGGCCGGCGCGACCCCCGGCCCGUCCCCGCCGCCGCCCGAGGAGCCCCCCGCCGCCGCCCCGGCCGAGGACGAGGCCCCGGGGGAGCAGGCCCGGGACGCGGCGGCCGAAGCCCGGUCCGAUGGGGCGGGCGGGGUGCAGGGCGGUCCCGCUGAGGACGCCGGCGUGGCCGAGAAUGGGGACGCGGACGAGCCCUCCUUCAGCGACCCCGAGGACUUCGUGGACGACGUGAGCGAGGAAGAGUUACUGGGGGAUGUGCUCAAAGACCGGCCUCAGGAGGCGGACGGGAUCGACUCGGUGAUCGUGGUCGACAAUGUUCCUCAGGUGGGACCUGACCGGCUGGACAAGCUCAAAAAUGUCAUCCACAAGAUCUUCUCCAAGUUCGGGAAGAUCACCAACGACUUCUACCCAGAGGAGGAGGGCAAGACGAAAGGCUACAUUUUCCUGGAGUACGCGUCUCCUGCCCAUGCCCUGGAUGCCGUGAAGAAUGCCGACGGCUACAAGCUCGACAAGCAGCACACCUUCAGAGUCAACCUCUUCACCGACUUUGACAAGUACAUGACGAUCAGUGAUGAAUGGGAUAUUCCAGAGAAACAGCCUUUCAAAGACUUGGGGAAUCUACGCUACUGGCUGGAGGAGGCGGAGUGCAGGGAUCAGUACAGUGUGAUCUUCGAGAGUGGAGACCGCACCUCCAUAUUCUGGAAUGACGUGAAGGAUCCCGUAUCGAUCGAAGAGAGAGCGCGGUGGACAGAGACGUACGUGCGCUGGUCUCCCAAGGGCACCUACCUGGCGACCUUCCAUCAGCGCGGCAUUGCUCUCUGGGGGGGAGAGAAAUUCAAACAGAUUCAGAGAUUCAGCCACCCGGGGGUCCAGCUCAUUGACUUCUCACCUUGCGAGAGAUACCUGGUGACCUUCAGCCCCCUGAUGGACACACAGGAUGACCCUCAGGCCAUCAUCAUCUGGGACAUCCUCACCGGGCAGAAGAAGAGAGGCUUCCACUGUGAAAGCUCCGCUCAUUGGCCGAUUUUCAAGUGGAGCCAUGAUGGCAAGUUCUUUGCGCGGAUGACCCUCGACACCCUCAGCAUCUACGAAACCCCUUCUAUGGGCCUCCUGGACAAGAAGAGCUUGAAGAUCUCCGGCAUCAAAGACUUUUCUUGGUCCCCUGGUGGUAACAUCAUAGCCUUUUGGGUGCCCGAAGACAAAGAUAUUCCCGCACGGGUGACCCUGAUGCAGCUGCCCAGCCGGCAGGAGAUCCGAGUCAGGAACCUCUUCAACGUGGUGGACUGCAAGCUGCACUGGCAGAAGAACGGGGACUACCUGUGUGUGAAGGUGGACAGGACUCCCAAGGGCACCCAGGGUGUUGUCACGAACUUUGAAAUUUUCCGAAUGAGGGAAAAGCAGGUCCCUGUCGAUGUGGUGGAAAUGAAAGAGCCCAUCAUCGCCUUCGCCUGGGAGCCGAACGGGAGCAAGUUCGCGGUGCUGCACGGAGAGGCCCCCCGCAUAUCCGUGUCCUUCUACCACGUGAAGAGCAACGGGAAGAUCGAGCUCAUCAAAAUGUUUGACAAGCAGCAGGCCAACACCAUCUUCUGGAGCCCCCAAGGACAGUUCGUGGUGCUGGCCGGUCUCAGGAGCAUGAACGGCGCCCUGGCGUUUGUGGACACGUCGGACUGCACCGUCAUGAACAUUGCAGAGCACUACAUGGCCUCCGACGUGGAGUGGGACCCGACUGGGCGCUACGUAGUCACCUCUGUGUCCUGGUGGAGCCACAAGGUGGACAAUGCGUACUGGCUGUGGACCUUCCAGGGCCGCCUCCUGCAGAAGAACAACAAGGACCGCUUCUGCCAGCUGCUGUGGAGGCCGCGGCCCCCCACGCUCCUGAGCCAGGACCAGAUCAAGCAAAUUAGAAAAGAUCUGAAGAAAUACUCCAAGAUCUUCGAACAGAAGGAUCGUCUGAGCCAGUCCAAAGCCUCGAAGGAACUGGUGGAGAGGCGGCGCACCAUGAUGGAGGACUUCCGGAAGUACCGGAAAAUGGCCCAGGAGCUCUACAUGGAGCAGAAGAACGAGCGUCUGGAGUUGCGAGGAGGCGUGGACACCGACGAGCUGGACAGCAACGUGGAUGACUGGGAGGAGGAGACCAUCGAGUUCUUUGUCACGGAAGAGAUCAUCCCCCUGGGGAGUCAGGAGUGACCACCGCACUGUGCGCCACCUCGUGCCGGAGCCAGGCGUCCCUGCAGCCUGCUUGGUGCCUGCGUCCCUGUGCUUCCGCUCUGACCGCGCCCCGGGAGCCGUCUCCAGAGCUGUGCCUUUACCUGGGGUCCAGCGGGCGCCUGAGGCACUGCUUCCAGCCUUUUCCUGUGGGUUUCCGAGUCACCGCGUUUGUCACAGAGACUCCCGUGCGGAGCUGCGCUGGGCCUCCUGCUGCAGCACCACCCAGGCGGCUGUCCCCUCGGCCUCCCUGCGGGGACUCUGCCUGGGGCGUGGGCAGCAGCUGGGAGCAGUGCGCCCUGUCCCUGUGCUCGGGCACCGCGUCGUCUGGUCCCGCAUCCAGGCUGUGGCAGGUCUCGAUGGAAAUAAAGCAAACCUGUAGGAACAA